UUGGGCCUGAGUCACCCCCUCGGGGCCUUGCCCAGGAUCAAGGCGGACUUGGAUCGUUCACAAAGCAAGGAUAGAAGAAGCAGAAACCUCAGCCGAAGUAAUCUCCAAGGUAGGAGCUCAGGGGAGGCUCUCAGAUCCCCAGGUUCCCAGGACAGAAACGGCUCCGAGGAGCCAGGAAGCAGAGAGGCCAGGUGGGAGAAGGCCGGGAUCCCAUCCAAGUAGAGGGAAGAGCCCAGGAGCUGGCAGAGGACGCCAGUGACAGCAGACCCUCUGAGAUGGACGACCUCUGUGAAGCCAAUGGCUCUUUCGCCAUCAGCCUACUAAAAGUAUUGGGUGAAGAAGACAAGUCACAAAACCUGUUUUUCUGUCCACUGAGUAUCUCCUCUGCCCUGGCUAUGGUCUACCUGGGAGCCAAAGGAAACACCGCAGCCCAGAUGUCCCAGGUACUUGGUUUGAACAGAGAUGGAGAUGUUCAUCAAAGUUUCCAGACACUUCUCACGGAAGUUAACAAAACUGGCUCUCAGUACUUGCUAAAAAGUGCCUGCAGACUCUUUGGAGAAGAAUCAUGUGAUUUCCUUUUGACCUUCAAGGAAUCCUGCCAGAAGUUCUAUCAGGCAGGGCUAGAAGAGCUGUCCUUUGCUAAGGACACUGAAGAGUGCAGGAAACACAUCAAUGACUGGGUAAUGGAUAAGACUGAAGGGAAAAUUUCAGAAGUUUUGAGUCCUGGAACAGUCUGCCCACUGACUAAGCUGGUUCUCGUGAAUGCCAUGUACUUCAAAGGGAAGUGGAAGGCUCAGUUCGACAGAAAGUACACACGGGGCAUGCUCUUUAAAGCUAACCAGGAGAAAAAAACAGUGCAGAUGAUGUUCAAGCAUGCUAAAUUUAAGAUGGCGCAUGUGGAUGAGGUGAACAUGCAGGUCCUGGUUUUGCCCUACGCAGAAGAUGAGAUGUGCAUGGUCAUUCUGCUUCCUGAUGAAAACACUGAUCUGGCUGUGGUGGAAAGAGCACUGACAUAUGAGAAGUUCAGAGCCUGGACAAACCUGGAAAACAUGACAGAAAGUAAAGUUCAAGUUUUCUUCCCCAGGUUAAAGCUGGAGGAGAGCUAUGACCUCGAAUCUUUUCUUCAGAAGUUAGGAAUGACAGAUGCCUUCGAGGAAACAAAGGCUGACUUUUCAGGAAUGACAACUAAGAAGAAUGUGCCGGUGUCCAAGGUUGCCCAUAAGUGCUUUGUGGAGGUCAAUGAGGAAGGCACAGAAGCAGCAGCGACCACUGCCGUGAUCAGGAAUGCCCGGUCUUGCAGAAUAGAACCAAGGUUCUGUGCUGACCACCCGUUCCUUUUCUUCAUCUGGCACCACAAAACCAGCAGCAUCUUGUUCUGUGGCAGGUUCUCUUCUCCAUAAAGGCAUUAUCAUGGGGCUGAGAAAUGUAGCUCACUUGGUAGGACAUUGGCAUAACAAGCACCAGGCCAUAGGUUCAACCCUAAGCACUCUAUAAAACCAGGCAUGAUGGUGCCUAUGUGCCGUGCUAGCACAUAGGGAUUUCAGGGCAGGGGGAACAAAAGUUGAAGGUCACACUCAACUACGCAGAAAACUUGAGGGCCCUGUCUCAAGAAGACAAGAAAAAGUAAUGUGUGAUUGUUUUACACAUCAUGUUUUGCCAUGUGCCAGAAUUAAAAUCCUAUGUUACCAGAUUGACAAGAUGGUUUUACUGUGCAAAUAAAAAUAGUAUAGUUAGUGGUUGGUGAUUAUCUCUAUUGACAGUUCCAAUGCCAUUCGUGGGAACUUGGCGCUGAGAAGGCCAUACUUGGUUUGGAGUGUCUGAGGUGAGCCUCAUUGUCUCCAGCCUUAUUCACAGCCCAACUCUGGAAGUGCUAUCCAUGCUGCUAACAUCUCCAAGCUGUGCCCUCCACCAUUGCCAGUCUUGUCAGGCAAUGCCUGUUGAAGGUUCCCCUUCACAAAGCCAAGGGUGAAAGCUAUAGAGUAACUGCUAUAAUUUCCCUAUGUCUCACAAGAAGCCAAGACAGUCUCUCAUUGCAUUAGUGUUACCCAACAGUCCUGUAUGCCCCAAGGUUCAGAUAACAAUUCCCACAAAUUUCCCACAAGUUCAAGGACUCAGCAGUAAACUUCAGGACAGAGUUGAAGGACAAAGCUCUAAAGUGUGUGGCCAAGCGUUGGUGGUGCACACCUUUAAUCCCAGCACUCGUGAGGCAGAGGCAGGCAGAUCUCAGUGAUUUUGAGGCCAGCCUGGUCUCCAGAGCGAGUGCUAGGAUAGGCUCCAAAGCUACACAGAGAAACCCUGUCUCGAAAAACAAAAACAAAACCAAAAACCAAAAACAAAAACAAUAGCUCUAAAGUGUGGCCCUUAGUCCCCUCCCCUGCCCCAUUCUUUCUAAUGCACACAACCUUAAAAGAAGCUCCACACCGAAUGAUUCUUACAAACCAGAUGUCUAAUUAACCAUAAGUGAGUCAAAUGCACCCCUGAUGCCCUAAAUGCAUAGAUUCAAGCACCACUAAAUGGAUUCAGCAGAUUGUGUUUUUACUUUUAUGUGUGCAACAAAGAAGUCAUGAACAUGAGAGUGACUGAGGAAAGCACAAGAGGAGUCGAGUGUGGGGGGUAUCUAAAUGGAAUACCAAAUAAUUGGAUAGAAUAGGAAUAACUGAAUGUACAGUUCAGUAAGUUCUGAAACAUGCAUCUACCCAUAAUGCCAUCUGCAUAGUUAAGAUGAAACACAUGACCAUUACACCUGCAAAUUUCCUCUGGAAACUUUGUAACAUCUCUUUUUUUAUUUUAAGAAUAUUUUAAAAUUUAAUUAAAAUGUAAUUUCAUCAUUUUUUCCCAUUCCUUCUCCUUCCUAUUGCUCCUAUGUCUGCCCUCCAAAAUCAGAACGCAAACCCCAUCUUUAACCAUAGUUGUUACGUACUCAAAUAAAGGGAUAAACAUGCAAAUGCAAUCUGCAGAGGAGUCCAUUCAGUGUCCCCUCCCUGCACGUGUGUUUCUAGGGCUGACCACUCAGUGUUAGAUAACCAAUUAGGGACUCAUCCUGGACAUGACUGACUCCCAUUCGUAGCAGUUGUUAUUUGUUUCUAACUCUUCAUCUAAGGGCAUGGCCCCAUGAUAUUUCCUCUAUCUAUACUGGGAUAUCAACUCUUGGAAUUUUCAGGUCUUGUUUAGGUAGCCGUAUUGUUGAGGUUUUACUAUUUAGCUUCCCUGUCAUAGCUGGAAGACACUAUUUCACAGCAGACUUCGUGGUGCUGGCUCUUACAACCACUUCUGUGUGUGCCCUGGGCUUUGUAAACUUGCUGUCCAUCUGCCCACAGAUGAUCAGGGUUAGCCACUUAUACCCACUCAAAGACAGCUGCUGAGAGUUGUGUCAUAAUUAAUUUGUUAUAGAAUAAUGUAUGCAUUUUUGUAUUAUUCCUAUCACUCAUUGAAAAUAUUUUUAGAUUCUCCUUCAUUACAUUAUACUUGAUACAUUAUGGGAUACUAUAUCUAUAUCAAUAGUUUCUUUUAUUUCUACAUAAUAUGUCAUUAUAUAGAUGCAAUAUAAUUUGUUUAUCCAUUCACAGUCUUAUGGAUAUUUGCAAUGUUGUCAAGUUUGAUUACUGUAAAUAAAGCUUUUAAGAACACUCAUGUUCACAUAUUUGCGUUGCGGGAUUCCCGCCUGGGUCCUGUGGCCACUUUAGAGCCCCCAAAUAACAUUCAGACUCUAUUAGUUAAAAUGCUGUUGGCCAAUGUUUAGGGUUUUUAAUAUGCUAGCUCUAUCUUAACUAUUAACCCAUAACUACUGAUAUAUGUAUUUCUAAAAGGUCAAAGAAUGCCAGACUCAUGCAUGUGAUCCCAGGAGAAGACUUUUUUUCUCAUAGCAAUGCUUUUAAAAAUUAAAGUUUCUCAGUUUUAAUGAAGUAUAAUUUUGUUUAUGCAUAAUGUAUUUAUCAUAUCUAGGAACACUUUAUUCAAACUAAGGUUUCAACAACUAGCUAUGUGUCUUUCAGAAGUGUUAAUUAAUAGUGUUUAAGUGUAAAUUUAGGGAUAGAAUCUAUUUUGAGUUAUUUAUGUUGGAAAUAGUAUCCUUUGAAUCUAUGAUUGCAUUAAUGUAUAUGUUGAAAGCCAGCUGAUCAUGUUUAUGGGGUUAUAAUUCUGGAUGAUUGUAUUUCAUUGAUUAGCCUGUUUUUCUUGAUUCCAGCAAUAGCACCUUAUCUUGAUUACUGUACUUAAUACUGAACUUUGAACACCAUUAAUUCUUCCAAAAUUAUGAUUAUUUUUCAGAAUUGUUUUAUUUUAAGUCUCUUGAACUUCUCUAAAUUUUAGAUUUAUUUUGUUUACUUGUAGAAAACUUGUUGGGAUAUUUAUUAGGAUUUAUUUAUUAGGAAUGCAUUGCUACUAGCAUAAUUCUAGAAUGAACAGACAUAUGUACCUUUCAACCUGUGAACAAAGCACGUUUCUCCAUUUUUAAGUUUUCUUUAAAUUUUUGCAUUGUAUUUGUAGUUUUAAAUAUAUAGUUUGCCCACAAUUACUGUUAUAUUUCUUUUCCAGUAUCUCUUAUAGUGUUACAUUUUAUUUUUGAUUUCUGGUUAUUUGUUACUAGUAUGUAAAAUAUAUUGAGCUCUUGAAUUUAA